CUCUUUUCGAUUUGGCGAGUCGAGAGUAUUUAGGGGUAGGACGCAUGAUAAUCAGGAUUGAAAAUGGCGUGAUGGCGGUGUUCAUAAAAGUACCAACUUUAGUUACAAUAUUUACAUUAAACAUCUUGUUAAUAAAUCAAGGGAUUCAAUAACACUGCAGCAAGCAAUGGAUUUUCUCCAGAGGAGAGUUGUACAGGAGGACGCAGUCCAGUACAAACUCUUUUUGACGCAGACGGCCGGUUCUACGGUACAACACACCGAGGAACAGCUCUCGCGUCUUGUGGAGGAGAUCCUUGCAAAAAUAGCGCCACUGUCCAUGCAGUACAUCUGGCAGAAUGAGCCUUUUAACAUCAAGUAUUGUCCUGAGAAAGCGGGUGUUCCGGCUCAUAUCGGUGGUGUCACCCAGUUCGGCGACAACGUGGAGGAUGAGUGGUUUAUUGUUUACCUCCUGAAACAAAUUACAGAGGCUUUUCCUGCACUUGCUGCACGAGUUGAGGACACCGAUGGUGAAUUUCUUCUAAUUGAAGCAGCAGAUCAUCUCCCUAAAUGGUUGGAUCCGGACACCAGUGAGAACAGGAUAUUCAUCUACCGUGGCGCGUUGCAUCUCCUGCCUUGCCCUUCGCGUUCCAUUCCGACGGGGAUCCCGAAGGAUGUGGUACCGAGUGUUCAGCAAGCUCUUGCGCUACUCUCCGCACAGCCAGAAGCUUGUCGGGCAAGCCCCAAGAUUACUUCGGUCCUGGAUAAGCGGCUGGAUGGGUAUCCAGCGAAGAUCGGAGCCAGCCAGCACCGUGCCCACUGCUUCGUACCGGCGGGCGUGGCUAUGGUUUUGGCGCAGCGGCCCGACUUGGUGGCCCCCGCCGUGUCCGCCUUUUACCUGCGGGACCCCGUCGACCUGCAGGCGUGCCGCAAUUUCAAGAACUUCCCUCCCGAGACGCGGGUCUUAACCUCGGUGAUGUUCACUCGCUGCUUGUAUGCUCAGCUGCUGCAGCAGCAGUUCGUUCCGGACAGGCGGAGCGGCUUCACCAUGCCCGCCCGCUCGGACCCCCGAUACAAAGCGCACGAGCUUGGCAUGAAACUGGCUCAUGGCUUUGAGAUCUUGUGCGCCAAGUGCAGGCUGCCACUUUCGGACGGCGACUCCUCGGUCAGUUGCAACCCUCAGUGGAAAGGCUUCCUGCAAAGUCUGAAGAGCAACGGUUACUUCCGGGAAGAGAUCGAGGGUUCGGCACGUUUCAGGCAGCUCAUGACAUCGGCGGAAAACUUUUUUCAACAGUCGGUCGCCUCAAAAUCCGGUGACACGUCUCCAGGGGAGGAGGUUCUUCAACUCCUGAGUUCCUGUGGUCCCAUCGACGUGGAGGAGUUGAGGAAGCGAGAGGCACAGCUCCCACAAGAGGACAGUGACAACUGGUUGAAUGUCACCGCCCAGGAUUUGGAGCGCAUGCUUGAGGAAAGGUCCGGGUACGGACCGAAGCCCACGACUGCCAAAUGUCCUGAGCCUACCGAGACGGAAACUGCCGGGAGCACAGAGACGGGGAACAGAAACGAAGAAGAGGAGGCCGGUUACAGUCUGCUGGGGGUCAGCCAGAAGAUGACGCGGUUCCUCAAUGCCAAGUCAUCGUACUUGGGGGCCGAAUUGCCAUGGAACCAUUCAUGCAAUAAUCCUUUUGACUACGACAUGCCCACCCUCAUAAAAGAAAUGGAACGGAUACUGGUCACAAGUGAGGAAGAAACGCUCGAUUCAGAUGAUCUUUGUGAAGAUGAAUGGGAAGGAGUUGAGGACGAGGAAGAUGAAGACAUAGAAGAGGGGCCCUCGGGUCAUGCGGAGAUGGAUGGGAUGGAAGCUUUGGAUACUCUUAAAGGAUACAUGGACCAGAUGGACCGGGAGUUGAUGAACACGCAUAUCGGGCAGAGCUUUAAUCAGGCGACGUCUGCGUCCGCCCAAGCGCAUGCCACAGAGGGCCUCCCGAGCUCAGCUGCAUCGGACGAGGAUGCGGAGGAGCUCCGGCCUCUAGACGUGGACCUCAACCUGGUCACCAAUCUUGUGGAAUCCCUCAGCUGCCAGGAAGGGCUGGCCGGACCCGCCUCCAACCUGCUCCAGAGUCUGGGGGUACACCUCCCCCCAAACUCGGACCGCUCGUAGCGGGCUGCGAGUCCUUCAGUGAGAGGAAACUGUCCUUUCUCGACGUGAAAAGAAGAAUCAAGUUUUUCAUACUUUUUUCAUGGAAGAAUGUGUUGAAAUUACUGUAGAUACAUUUGGUAUGCAGUGACGCAAUAAAUAUUU